AUGCUCUGGGUCCUCGGCUUUGUCCUUUCCUUCUGCGGACUCUUCAUCUGGCUCGAAUUUGGCACGAUGAUCCCGCGCUCCGGCGGCGAAAAGGUUUACCUCGAGGCAGCCUUCAAGCGACCGCGCUAUCUCGCGACAGUUGUGUUCGCAGUGAACGCGAUCGUUCUCGGAUUCACCGCGUCUGGAUGCAUUGUGAGCUUGUGGUACGUUGUAACACAUCGACUUUCUAGCAUUCUGGUCGUCGCCGGCGUAGAAGCGACGCGCUGGAAAGAGCGCGGAAUCGCACUUGGAGUCAUCUUCUUCGUCACCUUUCUGCACGGCUUCACCCCACGCCUCGGCGUGUUGGUCAUGAACGUUCUGAGCGUGUUCAAGAUCGUCAUUCUGUUGUUCGUCGUCAUUGCGGGCUGGGCCGUCCUCUCCGGGCACACGCGCGUAAAGGACCCGCACGCGAACUUCCGGGACUCCUUCGCUGGCAGCUCGCACAGCAGCUAUGACUACGCAACGGCGACAUUCAAGGUGCUCAACUCGUACGCGGGCUGGUCCGCGAUCAACUACGUGCUCAACAGCGUGCGCGAUCCCGUGCGCACGCUCAAAAUCGCGGGCCCGCUCGGCCUCGGGAUCUGCGCGGUGCUGUAUCUGCUCGCGAACGUCGCGUACUUCGCGGCGGCGACGAAAGACGAGAUCCUCGGGAGCGGCGUGACCGUGGCGUCGCUCUUCUUCCACAACGUGUUUGGCGAGACGGCGCAGCGUGCGCUGACCGUGUUCGUGGCGCUGAGGUACGUGCUCUGUCUUCGGCCCACAUUCGGUGCCUCGCGCGUGAACCAAGAGCUCGCCAAAGAGGGCAUCCCGCUGCCCUUUGGCAACCGCUUCUGGGCGUCGAACUGGCCGACGGGCAAGUCGCCCCUGCCGGGCCUCAUCAUCCACCUGAUCCCCUCGGUUGUCAUCAUCCUGGGGCCGCCGCCCUCCAUCGCCUACCCGUUCAUCCUGGAUAUCGAAGGCUACCCGGGGCAGAUCAUUAACCUCUUUGUCGUCAUCGGCUUGUUCUGGCUGCGUUGGCACAAGCCGCAUGCCCUGCGUCCAUUCAAAGUUUGGUGGCCAGUCGCAGUGUUCUACCUCGCAGCCGCUGUAUUCCUCCUCGUCGCGCCAUUCAUCCGCCCGCCAGGUGGCAUUGGCGACACACCGCCGUUGCCGUAUUACCUAUACUGCCUGGUGGGUAUUGGCAUCAUGGUUGCUGGCGUCCUCUACUGGGCAGCAUGGCGGAAACUGCCAAAAUUAUUCGGGUACACAUUCGUCCCGCGCAAAGAGCGACUGGAGGAUGGGACGGUGGUCACGCUGGUACGUCAUAUGUGUCAACCUAUCGGGUCUCGCAGCUUGACGUUUUCUCCAGUUCUCGACGCAGAAGCUGGAGUAGGGAGGGCGUCACAAUCAUGUCAUCAUGUCAUAAUUUAUGGAGGAAUGCAUUCUGGAAAUACCACCAAGUCAAUAAGGCAAGUGCGGCGAGCGUAA